GCAAGGCUUUGCAGCAUUACGUUUGAUAAAUAUGACACCAUGCACAGCCCAGAUAGAUGAAGAAAGGCAGCUAACUCUAAUGACUGGCAUGGGUUUAAACCACACCCUUUCCAAUGAAACAGGGUGUGGUACGUGGAAGGAUUUCAUGUGCUCUAUUCUUUAUAAGAUAUUUCUUAUAUUUCAGCAUGCAGAAUUUGUGGGGUGAUGUGAUAUCCAUAGGGAGAACAACGUUUAGACAAACAGGUAAUAACCUUAACAGUCUAUGGUAAUAACAAAAUCAACCAUAUAGACAUUUUCUCCCAACUAUUAUACUUUUUGUUCUAAAUGCAAUAUACGUGACUCUAUUUUCAGCCCAAAACGCCAAAAAACAAGUUGUGUCAUUAUUUUUCUCAUAACUAUGAGACUGCUUAGUUCAUUAUCGUUCAUGUGGGGAUUUUACUACAAUUCCCAUGAUUCCAAAUACCGGAACUGGAAGCAGAAGGCGGAAGCAUGCGAAGAGUGAGCCGGCGAUCCUGUGAGGAUGGCCCGCUGCUGGAGGAGCAGGAGACGGAGGGCCAGAGGCAGCUGCACAGCCUUCUGCUGCAGCAACUCCACACUGAUGUUGACAUUGACCGAUGUGUAGCGAAGAGGCAGUGCUUCGCCCCAUCGGCACUCUAUCGGCCGUUUGGGGAACAGGCGGCUGGAGUCAGAAGCCUUUCCCAGUUCCAGGCCCUGCAGGACGGAGAGAAGGAAUUGGCCAGCUUGCGGGAGCUGGGGCUAACCGACACUGAGAUCCAGCUGUGGCAGAGCAGAAACGUUCCAGAGGCAGGAGAGAAGUCCCAUGGUGUGUGUGCAGCUCCAGGUGCAAAGCAGCAGCGCCUGAAGGUGAUCAGAGACAAGAUUGAAGCCAGGGAUGAGCUCCUGUCCCGCCCACAGCGCUUCGCUGCCAGCCGGCCACUGUCACGCCGGGAGAUGGAGAUCGAACAAUCGCUUUUCCAGGGAACUGACCGCCUGGGUUUCCUCGCUGCACUUUACCAUAGAGAUGAAGAUAACCAAGAAGGCCAGAAGGGGGCAACGUCCUCUGAUCCAAUGGAUUCUCUCUACAGAGACGUUCUCAGCAUGGGGAAAAAACAAGCCUCACUCCAGGAGAGAGAGACAGCGGGAGCAUCACACCUGUUUACACACAGAAUUAUAUCUGACCAAUCACAGGACUCACAGAGAGACAACAACCGAUCAAAAGUAGCCUCUGACCAUCAAUUAGAACUGCAGGGUGAAAAUAGAAGGUUGUCAGUACAGUCAGAGUCCAGUUCAGACACAGCAGAGCAGCAGCUCGCUCAGGACAGAACGGGGCACCCACCACCACCGCCACCAGCUGUUCCAACACAGAUUAAUAUAAGCCAGCCAAUCGGAAGUCUGUGUGGAGCAGCGAAGGCAAGAUCAGGGAGACCGCUGACUGUCAGAGGGGAGAUUGAGACAAUCUCAGAUGAAGAGAUCCUGAAGAACCGUGAAUCUGAAGAAGGGAUCCGGAGCAUCCCGAGGUUCAGAAACUACCAGCCGGGAAAACCCUCCAAGGUGCUGUGUGUGAAAAACCUGAGUCCACAGGCCUCUGUGGCCCAGCUGGUGGCGCUGUUCUCCAGGUUCGAGCAGGAGAACACUCAGACUCCAGUGCUUUUCCGCCUACUGACUGGAAGGAUGAAGGGUCAGGCCUUCAUCACUCUGCCAGAUGCUGAAACAGCACAGGAAGCCUUGCAGUUGGUCCAUGGAUACCGAUUGCUAGGGAAACCUUUGGUGGUUGAGUUUGGCCGUGAGCGACAGGAAGAUGAGAACCAGAAGGAGAAGCAGCAGGAGAAGAAAUAAAGAAGCAUAAAAAUAAGUUUAUUCCUGACAUCACCAGGGAUGAUACAGAUUUGUGAAUAGCAGGCCCAGGUGGAUGUGAUUGUACAUUAUUUAUUUUUUUCUGUUAAAAGUGGUCAUCUUUGUCUCAUUUUAAUAAAUGUCUGUUUUACACCAAACCGCAUUUUGUAAUGAGCGUUACAUUAAUGUUUUUUUAUUCACCUUGAUAUUGUAAUCUUGAUAAUAGAGUAUUUAUUACAGUGUAAGACAGCUAGCUUGUGUCAAAAAAAACACAAAUUGAAUUAAGAAAACUUUAUAAAACAAGAUUAACAAGAUGCUAAUGGCAAAAAUACAAUUAUACAAAUACAUUUUGUGGGGCAUGUUUAACAUACCUAUUAAACAAGUUCACAACAAUGUCAGUUUUUACUAUAAUCUGUCCCCCUAAUUUAUGUAACCAUAUUCAGUUAUACGUUUUAGAAUGUACAGCCAUGAA